AUGCUCGCCUUUGGUGCAAGCGUUCUCGCUGCUCCCGCCGCCGAAGCUGCACCUGUUCCGGAAGCCAAUCCAGCUCCAACUCCAGAGGCCGCGUCAUCACUCGUAGCCCGCACUGGCGAGUAUCUCGGCGGCAUAGACAUGAAUACAGCCUGCCGCGAACAAUGGUUCCGCUUUGCCUACGCCUACCAAGUGGACAACUCAUGCAACGCGUGGAAGUGCGAAGAAUACGUAGAUUACUGUCAUUACUAUAACAUCGCCUGGGAUACUCUAGAAUGGCAGCUCGUCUGGCCCCAAUUACUCGACGACGCCCGGCUCAUCCUAGAAGCCUCGGACGUUUUGCUAUCGGGACCAACUAACGAUGAAGCCUCCAUUACACCACCAAUUGUCGACGAAGACAAGGGUAUCAUCUUUAGUGGCUUCGCGGACGACUUCCACGAUAAUUUUGUCUUUUAUAGAGAUACACUUGGCUUUGGUCCUUUUGUCAAAACGAAUAGGAAGCCGUAUGACCUUGCGGUGGCAUGUGUACUGUUGAGAGCGUUUCUUCUCGCGCCGGAGUGCGUGCAUUUGAAUUCUGAUGGUUACUGGACCGACGAAGAAUGGAUCGAUGCUGUGACCUUGUACAAACAGCUGUGGCCGGACGAACAAAUUGAGUGUCCCUGGGGUAUUACAAGACAAGCAAGAUACCAUCUCACCGGAAAAGCCGACAGGCUCAUUCACGACGGAGGAACCGCUCAACCAGUGAAUCAAAGCGCUCGAGCUUGCGUCGCUGCCACUGCUGUUGACGAAAAAAGUUGCGCAAUCCAUGGUGAAAUAGCUGGACUGGAUCGCGCACAGAAGUGGCUAGCUACUUGCGACCAGGACCUCGAGCAUGUGGCCUGCGGAGCCGCGCCCAUUACGUGGCUUCAGCUACCAGGCGUAUCGCUCAAGGUGAUCGAUGUCGAGCGGGCGUGCAUCGUGGAGGCACCGAAACAUUGCUUUUUCAUGGCAUUGACAUACGUCUGGGGCAAGAUAAAUCAUCCCAAGCUGACGUCAAAAACCGCAGCCGUGCUGAUGCAAGAGGGCGGGCUCGACACAAUUUGGUCCGAUAUACCUAUGACAACACGCGACGCGAUCUUACUGUGUCGGCGCCUGAAGGACAAGUAA